AUGCUACUCACAUGGCUCCUUCCCAGCGUUAUCGUCGCGCAGAACUACAGCGUUCCUACUGGAUGGCAGAACACCGCCUCCAACGUUAGCCGCGUCGAGCGGCUUAGCAUCGCCUCGGGCAUUGCCGAGGAACUCCGGCAUAGGGCCGAUCCAUCGACAGGCGCCACAACAGAUUCGGCUACGAAUGGAACUGUAUGGAUCAUGGCCAUCGUACUUGCCGAUCUGGACCGUCUCAGCGGGAACACCACCUCCGAAGAUUCUGUCAACAAUACGUUGCUGCUCAUCGAGUCUGGGCAGGAGCGUCUGGAUGGUGUCAAUACCGAUAACGCUGGUUUUGGGCUCGCAGAGAUGUACGCUUAUCUCGCGUAUGGGAAUAGCUCUCGCUUGGAUAUGGCUCGGAGCAUCUUCGAUCUCAUCUACUCUGAUCUGAUCACGGAUACUGCCGUUCAAAGCAAUAAAUAUCCGCGGCCGAUCCCGACGACAUGCCAAGGAACACUCGGAGGGUUGGUCUUCAAUACUCAUAGCAAUGCGAGCGACCUGACUGUCUACGGUUUCGCAAUCGCACCAUGGAUAGCGCUAUGCGCUCGUCUGUACGAGACCACGCAGAACUCGACGUAUCUGGAUGCAGCCGAAGCGUCGAUACGGUUCAUGCAAACAUACAUGGUCAAAGUCGUCGAUUCGGGGAUCGAGAUCUACCACACUUUCAAUCUCACUGGGUGCGAUACACUGUCAGUGGCUGCAUCCGCACCAUCGGGGGACGAUGUUGGACGGUAUAUCGAAGGGCUGAGCAUCGUCGCUAAUGUCACUGCGAAUCAAACUUACAGUCAGAUGUUGGAUACCCUCGUACCGGCCGUUGUCUCCUUCCGAGACUGGCAUAGUGGUGAAGGGAUCCUUACGAAAGAUACUACGACAUUCCCUUCGAAAGGCUCGUUGAUUCGCGGCCUCUUGGAGGCACGAUUGAGAAAUCCUUCAAACACUGCCUUGGGUACUCUCAUCGACAGCUACCUGACUGUACAGUUCAAUGCGGUGCAAACCAAUGCGAAGCUUGGCAGCAACGACUACGCGAUAUCAUGGCUCGGUGGCGGCUCCUCAUCAUACACUACGGUAGGCAACGAGGAGGCUUUGGACGUGCUAAACGCUGCGAGUGUGAUAGCACCUGUGGACGCCUCUCAGCCAAACAAGACGUCAUCCACCAAUCAUCGAAGAGCGUCUGCAGGCAUCAUCGCCGGCGCUACCAUUAGCGGAAUCGUAGCACUCGCGGCAGUCGCUCUCUUGCUAUGCGUGCGCAUACGGCGCAGAAACCGGACUGGCGAGGCGCCGGUUCAUAAUGACGGAAUCGACGCCGUGAGAGGUGUUCCGGCGGGUCGGGCGGCAGCGCUGAUGCCCGAGCCGUUCAUCCUACACACCUCUCUGCACGAUCAAUCAACAUUGGUUUCGGAGAAAGGACGAUCUCAGCAGCGCGCGAGGGUUGCACAGGACACCCUGGGCGACGCAGGGGAUAAUGUGCCAUCAAGUCCUCCGUCAGAUCAGGAUGUUAGUCAGAACUUGGGCGCACGGGAAGUUGGAUCAACAGACAAUCAUCCUGAAGCCUGGGAUGACCUGGAGAGACGAUUGGAGACGCGGUUGCUAAACAACUUGAUGAGAACAUUUGCUGGACAUGGAGAGACGGAGAGCAAUCCCCCGGAGUAUGAUGAGCCGCGGAACUGA